CCAAGGACCCUCGUCGGCGCCGAACGAUGGAAUCGCCGAGCUCCGCAGUGUACCUCAACGUAGCCCACGCCGCCGCGUACGCCGCAUUCGGCCUGCUCUGGCUGCACGCGGCGCGCCUGCGGCGGCGAUCGGCGCGGGCGCUGCCCGCGAUGCUUUCCGACGCCUCGCGGGCGCUGGGCGAUUCGGCUCCGCCGCUGUGCGUGGUGCUGCCGGUCAAGGGUGCGCACGCGCAGAGCGCGGCCAACUGGCGCGCGCAGUGCUGCAGCCACGGCUACGCCGGGCCCGUCUCCUUCCUCUUUGUCGUCCAGGAGGAGGAGGACGAGGCCUACUCGCUCGUAAAGCAGCUGCAGGCGAGCGGCUCGCUGCCGACGGAGAACGUGCGCGUGCUGGUGGCGGGCCUGGCGGUGGGGACGAGCCAGAAGCUGCACAACCUCAUCCACGCCGUCGAGCGCAUCGGCGAGCAGUCCGAGCUCGUGCUGAUGCUCGACGACGACAUGCUGCUCGCGCCAGGCGCCGUCAACUUGCUUGCGCACGAGCUGCUCUCGGACCCGAACGCGCUCGCCGCCUCGGGCUUCUCGUGCGACGCGCCGGGCCGCUGGACGGUGCUCGCGCACGCGGCGUGCGUGUACCGCCUCAUCCUCGAGAUCUCCGUGGCGGGCGGCGAGGGGUCGCACGCGUGGGGCGGCUGCUGCCUGAUGCGGCGCGCCGACCUGCUCGAGUCCGUGCCGGGCGGCGUGAUGGCGCACUGGAAGAACCGCGGCUACUCGGACGACUGGAUCAUCACCGCCGUCGCGCGCAAGCAGCGCCGCCGCAUCGCCAACCCGCCGCUGCUCUUCCUCAACCUGGUCGACUUCCGCUCGCCGAGCCAGCUCUACAACUUCUUCCACCGCCAGUUCUUCGUGCUCGACACCUACCCCCAGCCGUCGCCAGACGAGCCGCGCAUACAAGCCCACCGGCUCCGCCUCGAGAGCUACGCGCUCGCCUCGCUGAUGGGGCUCGGCGGCGCCUUCUCCGCCGCCGCCGCACCCUCGGUCGCGUGGCAGCUCUUCCGGCUCCUCUCGCACGGGGGCGCCUCCUCCGCCGCCGCGGCGCGGGGCGCGCCCGGCGGGCCCUGCGCGCUGCUUCUCGCGCGGCCCGACCUCGCCUCGCUCAGCCUGCUCGCCGCCGCCGCCCUCUGCUGCGGCGCGGGCGCGUGGGCCAUCACGCGCGCGCAGGCCGCCGUCAUCGCCGCCACGUCGAGCGACGCCGUCGAGCGGCUCCGGCGCGAGGGGCGCGGCUCGCUCCUCCUCGCGCCGCUUGGCUGGCUCCUCUACACGACUCUCUGCCCCGUCUUUGCCGCGCACGGCGUGCUCGGCCGCUCCGUUGUCUGGUCGGGCGCGCGAUACACCAAGCGCGGCGGCCGCGUCGCGCGCGUUGAGCGGCUGCCCAAGCCGCCGCCGCCGCCGCCUGCCGCCGCGCAGUCGCCGCACGCGACCGCCGCCGCCUCGUGCGUCGCCGCGGCGCGCCGCCUCUCGCUCGUGCUGCGGUCGUGGCUCGCGCGCUUCCGCACCGUCGCCCUCUCGCGCGGUGCCCCGGCGGCGGCACCCCGCCCCCUUCGCUCCAGCCGCCACGCCGCCCACGGGCACAUCCCUCACGCGUACUUGCCGCCCGACAACAGGCGCUCGACUCCCUGCUCAAACCGGCAAAGGAGGGGGUGGAGAGCGUGCUGGGAGGCCGCUCCUCCCCGGCGCCUUAGCGCCGGCGCGCGCUGAGUUUACACAGCGCACCGCGCAGCGCACGUCGCACCUUCCGGCGCUCUCUUUCUCAGAGUAGAGUACAUGUACGCAGUACCGUCUACCGACGUCAGCUAUUAAGGUUUUGGCAGGUAGCCUCAACUGCAGCGCGGCGUUGUUUAUAUCUUAUUAAUGAUCA